ACGUCCAGGCCUCUGAGACUCACCAGGACACACGUGGCGGCACAAGGAACCCCUGGCGUGAUGGGUGUGCCUGGAGCCAUUGUCAGGGGCACGGCAGAGGACAUGAUAGGAGGUCGGAGGCAUUGGACGGCUGCACAAUGAGUUUCCUGCACCCCAGAUCCAGCGCUGCCAGCAACUGUGACAGACUCUCCUACAUCCACGGCCCCGAGCAGGUGUACAGCAAUGAAUACAUACCCACCUUCGGUCCACGGAAGAACCUUAAUGAGCUGUUCCAGUCCAUCUGUGAGGAGAAUGUCCGCAUGGAAAACCUUCGGGUGUACCUCAGGGUGCGGCCCAGCCUGCCGGGGGAGGUCCUGCAGGAGGAGGACACCAAAGUGGAGCUCGUGGAUGACCGCAGCAUUGUCCUCACAGCUCCCGCCUCCUCCAACACCUUCAAGAACAGUGUGCGGGGCAUCACCAAGCUAAGCCACAAGUUCACCUUCACUCACAUCUAUGGGCCGUCCACCACCCAGGAGGGGCUUUUCCAGUCCUCAACGCUCGGCCUGGUCACAGAUUUUGUCAGCGGCCAGAACUGCCUACUCUUCACCUAUGGAGCCACUAACUCUGGCAAGACCUUCACAGUUCAAGGCACUGCAAGUGAUGCUGGACUGCUGCCCCGCACGCUGCAGCAUAUCUUCAACACAGUAGGGGAGCGCCAGUACCCAAGGAAUGACCUCAAGCCCAAGUUUUCAUGUAACGUGACGCGUCUUGAGGAGGAGGAAGUGCUCAAGGAGGAGGAGAAGAGAGAGAGUAUCUUCAGAAUCACCUCCAACCUUACCACCACCUUCUCACAGUCCACAAUGAGCAUCCUAAACUCCACAGAGCAGCUCUCUGAAUCCAGUACAGUUUCUCACAACACUACUGAAGCGGGAGAUUUGGAUAGCCGUGACACCACCACCAUAUCCAUUCAAGACUCGGCAAGUCCUGGGUCUACCAUUUAUGCUGUGUUCGUAUCCUUUGCUGAGAUCUACAAUGAGUAUAUAUUUGACCUGCUGGAGAAGAUGCCCACCUCCAAGACCAACAAACGCAACGCCCUCAUGCUCGGCGAGGACCGUAAUGGGGCUAUUUACAUCAAAGGUCUGAAUGAGGUGCGGGUGAGGAGUGCUGAUGAGGCCCUGCAGCUCCUGGACAUCGGGCGCCAGAACCUGCACUUCGCCGCCACCCGUCUCAAUCACAACUCAUCACGCUCCCACUGCAUCUUCACUAUCAAGCUGGUGCGGCUGGCGGAUGCUGACUGCCCACAGUUUGCCAGAGUCUCAGUGUUGUCCCUGUGUGACCUGGCUGGGGCGGAGCGAGCAGCCAAGACCCUCAGCACACAGGACCGCCUCAAGGAGAGUGGCAACAUCAACACCUCCCUCCUCACCCUCAGCAGAUGUAUUGAGGCUCUCAGAUUUAAUCAGACACAGAAGAGCAGCAAGAAGGUGCCCGUGCCCUACCGUGACAGCAAGUUGACGAGGCUGUUCCAGUCCUUCCUUCUGGGCAGGGGCAAGGCGGCCAUGAUCGUCAACAUCUCCAAAAUGCCGCUGCUCUUUGACGAGACACUCCAGGUCUUGAAGUUCUCAGCCAUUGCCAAGCAGGUUGCCAUCAGCCAGGCCAAGGAGUCGGAGAUUGCGGUGGUGCAGCCGUCCCGUCGGGUGAGCCGGCUGUCCAAGAUGGUCCGCCAGUCCCUCAAGGGCAAUGGCCGCCUCUCUGUGCCCUGGGGCAAGGCCACGGCCUCCAUCACUUUUGGCGAAAGUGGCUGUGAGGAAAAAGAGGGAAAGAAAACAGACCUGGAGGAUGACCUGCUUGAGGAAGAUGAGGAAGAGGAUGAUGAUGACGAGGAAAAUGAGCAGGUUGAGGCUCUCCUCCAGCUGAUUGCCAGGCUGAAGGACGAGCUGGUCAGGGAACACAAGGAAAAGCAGGAUUUGGAGGAACGGUUGCGGCAAGAACUUUGUAAAGAAUUUUCUCAGCAGCUGGUGAAGAUUCAGAAUGCAUGGAGGGAUCGCUUGAGGGACCAGGAGAGCCGCUAUGAGGAGUACACCGAGAACAAGAUCCAGUUGCUUAUGAAGUCAGUGAAGAAAAACAACAAGAGGAUGAGGAGCGACGAAGACCCUGAUGAGGAAUACGUCCCCUCCAUCUUCCUCUUCAGAGAGCAGAGGAUAGUGGAGGAACAAAAGCAGCGGAUUGAGGAGCUGGAGGGUGAUGGGAAGCUUCUGGAGGAGGAGAUAAAAGCCCUGAAGGAGUCACAGAGGAAGACAAAUGAGCUGGCAACUAAGGCUCAGGAGGAGAACUCGAGGCUCACCUUCAGGCUGGCGCAGCUCACCGGCAGCUAUGACAAAGUGGUGCAGGAACUGAAGGAAGCACAGUCGCUGAACACGGCAGCCACCGCCAAUAAUACUGAGGCUGUGAAGGAGCUCAAGGCACAGCUGGAGGCCAGGACUAACCAGCUGGCAGAGCAGGACCAGGAGAUUCAGGAACUUCAAAACAUGCUGCUGGAGGCAUCUGAGUGCUACACCAUCAAAGAAAAGAGAUGUGCUUCUCUAGAGAAGAUAUUGGAAUCCAGCCAGAUUACAGAUACUCAGCAGCUGAUGCACAUCAAUGAGCUGGAGAGUCAGCUGGAGGGGGCGAGGAGCAUGUUGAGCCAGCAGGCUGCACAGGUGGAGGAGCGGGAGCAGGAUAUUGAAGACCUGCGCCAGCUGCUCUCCCAGGAGAGGAAGACCAAUAAGGGGGAACUGGAGAAAAUGAAGCAAGAACUGAAGAAAAUGGAGGAGGAUCAUAUCAGAGAGAAGAGCAAGUUGCUUCUGGAGAUGGCAGGAUUGAAGAUGAACCGACCACUGGAGAAUGGUACUGGUGGAAACCCUGAGGAGUUGAGGGUCCUUGAGGAGAAGGUCUCUCGGCUGCAGGAGGAGAAGGAGACACUGAAGGGAAGUGAAGAGGCCCUGAAGAAGAAGUGGGAACAAGAAGCUGCUGAAAAAGAUGAACAAAUAAAAUUGCUGGAGAGAACUCUUGCCCUCACCGAGAAGAAGUUGUCCGAGAAAGAGGAGAUCGAUCUUGGUGAUGAGGAUGAAAAAGAGGCAAAGAUGGAAGAACUUGAAAAGAAGCUUGAAGAGUCUAUUUCUUGCCAGAAAGUACUUAAGGAAGAGAAAGAGGCUCAGAUCAACAGGAUGAAGGAAAGCAUUGAUACCUUAUCCAGUCAACUACAAACCCUGAAGGCCAGUGAAGAGGCCUUGAGUACUCAGUUGGAAGAAACCAAGUGUAGCCUGAAGGAGAAGGAGGAUGCUGAAUUAGAGUCACAAGAAAACUUAGAGGGAUAUAAAGCUGACCUGGAAGAGCUGCAAAAAGUCCACAGAUCCCUGAAGGAGAAUAAAGAAGAGAAAGAAGCAGCACUACAGGAGAACUACAGUGCCUAUAAAGCUGAUCUGGAGGAGCUGCAGAGGGCUCAUACAACCCUGAAGGAGGAAGCUGAGCAGACUGAGGCAAAGCUUCAAGAAAGUUUAAGUGCCUGCAGAGCUGAACUACAGGAGCUGCAGAAGGCCCACACCACUCUGGAGGAAAACAACAAAAAAAUGGAGGAUGAAUUACAAGAGAGCCUAAGUGCCUGCAAGACUGAGUUAGCCGAACUUCAAAAGGCCCAUACAUCUUUGAAGGAAAAAGAACAGGAGAAAGAAGCAGAACUACAGAAGAGAAUAACUGACUACAAAGCUGAACUGAAGGAGCUACAAGAGGUACAUACAACCCUUAUGAAAGAGAACGAGUCCUUACAAACAAAGCUUCAGGACCAGAUUAACGUGCUCGACAAAGUAAGAUCUGAAGCUGAAACAGAAAUCAAGGCGAAGGAUGAAGAUGCUGCCAAGAACUCUGCCCUCUGUGAUGAGCUGAGGGCUGAGAUUGAGGAGAUGAAGAAACUGAAGGACAGCCAGGAAAACACAGUGAAGGAAGUGUCUGAGCUUGGAGAGGUCAAUGCCAGGCUAGGGGCCCAGAUGGAACAAUUAAAAGAGGAAAAAACCGAGAUCCUGGCUCGAGUGGAGAUGCUGGAGGUGGACAAGAAAAAGAUGGGGGAGAGGCUGUACACCCUUCAGGAAGCCAACCUCCUCAAGUCACAGCAAGCACAGGCUGAGCUACAAACACUGGAGGAGCAAAAUGAAAUUCUCAUCAAGGAAAAGGAGGAACUGGAGGUCAAGUUGAAGGCAAGCCAUAGGUUGACUCAGGAGAAGACCAGUCUUGUGAAGGACAAACAGGAUGUAAUACUGGCCCUGUCCUCAAAGAUUGAAUCACUGGAUGCCAAGCUGAGUCAAGCAGACCAGGAUGUCAUUGAGAAGAGUCAGCUGGAGAAGGAGUUUGAGGCUGCCAGAGAAAACAUCAUUAGACUAGAGACUAAAUGUGAUUUGCUCGAAAAGGAGAUCCGAGCCCUGAGGGAGGCACGGCAGGCGGAGGUGCAGGAGUCCUUCAACCGCACCCGGGAUCAUGAGGACUUUGUACGGCAGAAGGAUAUGGAGAUCUCAACGCUCCAGCAAGAGGUGAAGAAGCUCCUGCAGCAGUCCAUGACCUCCAGCAGGGGCAGCAUCUCGGAGGCCCUGCCAGCCCCGCCAGUGAAGGCUGAGGUGUUGGCGGAGAAAGAAGCGCUGCAGGUCAUCAGGGAACAACUAAGGCUGACGGAGGCCCACAACAGUACGCUGCUGCAGGAGGUGAGCAGCCUCAGGACCCAGGUGGUCCGUCAGUCCACCACCUCGGACACGUCUGUCCUCCAGCUCUCAACAUCCAAAUCUGCUCAGAAGAAGCAGAGGGAGGCCAGCACCUCAGACAUGGAGACUUUCAUCACCCCAGUCCCAAAGGAAGGAGGAAGAGGGAGGAAAGCCAGGCAAGCCGGCAACACACCAAACCCCCUCUCCCAGAUGGACUCCUCUGUAGGGGAUACCAGGCAGUCACGCGAAGCCUCUCCAUCUCCCUCAUCACCUCGCCCGGCCCCCACCAGUUCCUCAGGGCGUCCCCAGCGGUCCACCCGCCGCACCAUGCGAUACGAUUCCCAGGAGUAUGAGCUGGGGUACAAGAUGAAGCACGAUGAAGGUGACUUGUGGGAGCCCAACCAGACCACCACGAAGGGAGGCCGCCGCACCACAAGGGGCCAAAAGAAGUCAAAGGUCUCAGAACUACCGAAAACCUACCUGCAGGACCAGGAGAACAAGAGCAGCAUGGCCAACAAGGCAGACGUCAUCCUCGAGGCAGAGGACGAGCCUGAGCCCAAGGCCAAGACUGCCGGGAAGAAGGCGCCGUCGGCCAGGCGGAGACGUGCCCUGUUUGAUCCUGAGGACGCCCAGGAGCCUUUCCUCUGCACCCCCGACAAGGCUCCCGAAGUGCAGGCCGCAGACAGUCCACUCACCCUCGUCCGCCGCCAACUGAGGACCAAGAGGAAGUGAAUGAGUGUGUGUGUGUGACCUGAAGUGCCUACCUCUGUCCCUUGGUUUCAACUAUCUCACUUGCAUAUUGAAUGUAUGACCAGUGCCUGCCUGUCUUCUGGUCCCAACUCUGUUCCACUUAUAUUUAAACUCAAUGAAUUUAUACCUACUUUUUACUUUGCAAUUUUUUUUUUUUUUUUUUACAGAGAAAGUUUGAAGGACAAUUGAUUUUUCCUGGAAAGAAAUUUUGUUUCUGAAGAUGUCUGUAAGGUGUUUAAUUACCCACUACCCACAAAGGAAUGAGAGAAGAAGUGAAUGAGUGUGUGAUCUUCAGUGUUACAAAUGCUUCUGCGUCUUGAUGCAAACUGUCUCUGGCUUACUUGAAAUGUCUAAACUCUUAAUCCUUGUUUACUUCUCUUUGUGAUAAGAUUUUUACUUGAGUAGAAAAGACAUAUUUAUAACUUUUUUAUUAUUAUUUUUCGUUUAUCCUGUAUGAUUAAAUGAAAAUCUAUAUAACCCUAGGUAGUGCUUAGAAUGUGUGCUUGUGGUACAGGUUAUGAUAGAUCCAUGAUACUUGUGUACUGUUAACCUGGUAGCAGCGACGGGCCAAAUUUGUGACUUUACCGUGUAGCAGUGACGGGACAAAUUUGUGCCAUGAUAUAAACCCUCCAAAAUAGAUGAUACAUAAUCUGAUCACAAAUGCUUUGAUAUAUAUUAUGAAAUGGUUUGUGUGAGGGGUGAUUUUUCCUCAUUUUUCUUGCUUGGAGUGACUAUUAAGAAACAUGGUCCCCGCUGGUACCGGGUUAAUGAUACAAAGCUCACAAAAAUAGUGCUUCAGGAUAGGAAGUUUGACGUACAAAUAGAAACUAAACACAUGUGGCAAUUCACUGCAGUAUUAGCUCAAGUGUGUUCUGGCCCAUUGAAUUGUUUGUGUGGCCCCACUCAUCUGCACAGAAAUGUACAGUGUGUUGCCUGGACUGUACAGCUUUCUAAUCGGUGCUUUCUUCAGAGAGGAAACAAAUGCACUUUAAAACUUGAGUGAGUAUAAAAAUUUUGCCUAGUCAAAAUAAAGAUUGGUAAGCACUUUAUUAUGACUUGUUAUUUUUAUACUUCUCAGUUUUACAGAAUAAUUACUUUCCUGGUGAUUUGCUCUGUUUGGAGGGGUGUACAAAUCGGAAAGAUACCCUGUGCUAGUGUUUCCUGGACCUGACCUCUGGCUGGGAGCGAGCAGACUCCUCCCAGCUUGUGAAACCUCGUAUGUUUGCAAAAAUGUGUCCUGUUACUCUGAGUACAUGUACCUUUUGUGGUAAUAUUUUAUAUACAUGCUAUUAAAUAGUAUUUUUA